GGCUGAGGAGCGAACAAGAAACCGAUAUUCGCUCCACAUAAGUCUCGACUUUGAGCAGAAGCUCAUCACCUGGGGCGUUUCUUUAUCUUGACCUCAGUGGACCUCUGUGUUCAGGGCCAGUCCAUUAUGGCUGGUACAAGGAAUUACGACUUCUUGAUCAAAUUAUUGCUGAUCGGAGACUCGGGCGUCGGUAAAUCAUGCUGUCUACUGCGAUUCAGCGAAGAUUCGUUUACACCGUCUUUCAUUACCACUAUUGGCAUUGAUUUCAAGAUCCGUACUAUCGAGCUCGACGGCAAACGUGUUAAGCUUCAAAUAUGGGACACGGCUGGGCAAGAGCGCUUUAGAACAAUCACAACAGCAUAUUACAGAGGGGCAAUGGGGAUUUUGCUUGUUUAUGAUGUCACCGACGAAAGGUCGUUCCAAAGUAAGGAGUUCAGCUGGACAUAUCCGUAUCAGUCAUUUACUAAUGCCCCGAUCACCGAAUCAGAUAUCCGUACAUGGUUCUCCAAUGUGGAGCAACACGCAAGUGAAGGUGUUCACAAGAUACUCAUUGGCAACAAGUGUGAUUGGGAAGAGAAGCGAGCAGUGUCAACCGAGCAAGGCCAGCAACUAGCUGAUGAGCUUGGUAUUCCAUUCCUAGAGGUCUCGGCUAAGAACAACAUCAACAUAGAAAAAGCUUUCUAUGAUCUUGCUGCAGAUAUCAAGAAAGGAAUGGAUACAUCAAAGUCUGAACAAGUCAGCUCUCAGGGUGUUAGUAUAGAUCAGCAAGGUUCUGGCUUGAAUGGCAACACAAGUGGGAAGUGUUGCUAAUCCCAAUUGGCACUUCGGAAUGCUCUUCAUACCCUUCUUGUUCCUUUAUGGCCCUGCACUUCGCCCCAUUUUUGGCCGUUUUAUGUGUCAUGGAUUGAAUAUACUAAGGCUCUCACGUCAGUAGAUGCAAAGGCAACAUCCCGGUUGUAUGAAAGUCUUGGCGCUGAGAUAUAUGCUUAUUUGGAGGUACAUCACUGUUAUU